AUGAACUCUCUCAAAUUACAGAUGUCUGUACAGUGGAACACUAAAUGGCGCUGGCACACGGGUCUCAGCGCAGAUUCUGUGGAAUGGUGCCCCAUAGAGACCUACAGAAAUGUACUCGUCUGUGGAACUUACCAACUGGAUAACUCACAGGAUCAAGAUCAAGAAGCAAAGAAGCAAUCAAGGCUUGGAAAGAUUUAUCUAUUUGUUGUCAAUCAAAACGUCGGAGAUUUGUCACCGGUUCAAACAUUAGACACAGCUGGAGUUUUGGAUCAAAAAUGGUGUUAUCACACUAUUCAAAGUAACCCUGUGUUGGCAGUCGCAACAUCAGUGGGAUGUGUGGAACUUUAUCGUUUGGAAAACAAUGGUGGUUUAAGUCUUAACUUAUGGACCAAAGAAGAAAUAGGGAAAGAUAUUUUAGCAUUGUCACUAGAUUGGUCUACAAAUAAAAUGCUUAAUGAUCCGCCGAAGUUGGUGGUUAGCGAUUCGUCGGGUUCAGUGACCAUUUUGACAGUGACUGAGAACGGUAUGAAAAAGACUAAUACAUGGAAAUCACACAAUUUCGAAUCGUGGAUAGCUGCAUUCAAUUAUUGGAAUACAGAGGUGUUCUACAGUGGUGGUGACGAUUGCGUGUUCAAAUGCUACGACGUAAGAGUGCCCGAUGCGGCGGUGUCGACUAACAGGAGCCACGAGGCCGGCGUCACAGCGGUGCGGAGCAACAUGGACUGCGAACAUCAGCUGUUGACAGGCAGUUACGACGAGAAGGUGCGAUUGUGGGACGCUCGUAACCUGAGGAAAUGCACAGAGGAGACAGAUGUAGGUGGCGGUGUGUGGCGGUUGAAAUGGCACCCCUAUCGCCCAGACACGGUCCUGGCAGCUUGCAUGUACGGCGGCUUCCGCAUCCUGCGGGUAGAUGCUCAACAUAUUGACGUGACAUGUGAAUACUUAGAGCACGAGAGCAUUGCGUAUGGCGCAGAUUGGGCUCAUAUUGAGAACAGCCUAGUGGCGACUUGCUCGUUUUACGAUUGCAAAAUGCAUAUCAGCGAUGUAGUUUUGUAA